AUGGAAAGCACCCAAUUCGACGAUACGCUCUUGCCUGUGUUUGACGAGCUUGAUAUGGCCAUCUUUAUGCCCUCGAUCGACCUUGCUGCCCCCAGCGAAGCCCCCAUCGAAGCCCCCGACGAUGCCUCCGACGAUGCCAUCCUCGUCCCAGAUAUGACCUGGCCUACGUAUUUGGCUGGUAUAGACUGGAUCAACGAGCAGGCCUGCUUAUCUGGCAGCGGCUUCGGAGCGGUGAUCAAAAACUCUAAGAAAAGGCGAGAUCGCACGUUGAAGACGGUGUAUCUUCGCUGCGAUCGUGGAUAUAACCGACCAAAAGCUCGAGAUCAUCCAAAGAGAAAGUCCUACAAAAAGGCCACUAAGUGUCAGUGGCGCGCUGUCAUUCGCCUCGAGCCCACUGGAGAUUGGACCCUUCGCGUGCAGCAGCAUAGGCAUAAUCACGGCCCUAUUCCAGCCUCAGCUAUGCCAGUACAACGCCGCCGUCAGCGUGAGCGAUUUAUAUCGUAG